UACAUAAAUUAAAGAUAAUAAUGUAAUGAAAAGACCAUUCCCAAUUCCAUAAUUAUAUAAAAAAAAAACAUUACCAAAAUAUUCAAUUGAAUUGAAUUAAACAAACAAAAGUGUUUUUGGAAGUUUCAGUUUGAGACUCAAAAAUCAAAGCUUUAUGCUUCGUCCUCUUCUUCUUCAUCUUCUUCCAACUAGUCCACUCCACUCUCUUCCACGUGGGUUACUUUACCACUGAACUUCCCAUAAAAAAAAAACCAAUAUUUUAUUCUAUAAAAUCAUAUUUAUAUAUAAGACUGAGAGAGGGGUCGAUUCGAUUGGAUUGGAUUCGAUUGGAUUCAAAGCAAAACUCUUUCUUUCUCUUUCUCUCUUCUCUGUUCUAGCUUUUGGGGGUUUGAAAUGGAAAGGUAUGAAGUGGUUAAGGAUUUGGGAGCUGGGAAUUUUGGGGUUGCUAGGUUACUGAGACAUAAAGAGACUAAAGAGCUUGUGGCUAUGAAAUACAUAGAAAGAGGUCAGAAGAUUGAUGAGAAUGUAGCUAGAGAAAUCAUUAACCACAGAUCGCUUAGGCACCCAAAUAUCAUACGUUUUAAAGAAGUUGUUUUGACUCCAACCCAUUUAGCCAUUGUUAUGGAAUAUGCCUCUGGUGGUGAACUCUUUGAACGUAUUUGCAAUGCUGGCAGAUUCAGUGAAGACGAGGCUAGAUAUUUCUUUCAACAACUCAUUUCUGGAGUCAAUUAUUGUCAUUCUCUGCAAAUAUGUCAUAGAGAUCUAAAGCUGGAAAAUACCCUUCUUGAUGGAAGCCCUGCUCCUCGUUUGAAGAUAUGUGAUUUUGGUUACUCUAAGUCAUCUUUGCUUCAUUCAAGACCAAAGUCCACAGUUGGAACUCCAGCUUAUAUUGCACCAGAGGUUCUUUCACGCAGAGAGUAUGAUGGCAAAUUGGCUGAUGUUUGGUCAUGUGGAGUAACUCUAUAUGUGAUGCUUGUUGGUGCUUACCCUUUUGAAGACCAAGAUGAUCCUAAGAACUUUAGAAAAACUAUUCAGAGGAUAAUGGCUGUUCAAUACAAAAUCCCAGACUAUGUUCAUGUAUCUCAGGAUUGUAGACAUCUACUCUCUCGGAUAUUUGUUGCUAGUCCAAUGAGAAGGAUUACACUUAAAGAAAUCAAGAACCACCCUUGGUUUCUAAAGAACUUGCCAAGGGAACUAACCGAGGCGGCUCAACUGGUGUAUUAUCAGAGAGAAAAUCCAGGGUUUUCUCUCCAAACUGUGGAUCAGAUCAUGAAAAUUGUUGGAGAGGCAAGGACACCGCCUCCAGUGUCUAGGCCUCUCCGAGGCUUUAGUUGGGGAGAAGAAGGAGAAGAUGACGACGAUGAUGGCAAAGACAUUGAUGAAGAAGUUUUGGAAGAUGAAGAUGAAGAGGAUGAGUAUGACAAAAGGGUGAAAGAGGUUCAUGCUAGUGGGGAAUUCCAUAUAAUCUAAAAUAUGUUUAGUUUGUUUGUUUGUGUAUCUGUAUUAUCAUCAUCAUCAUCUCCUUUGUCUAGAGCUAUUAUAUUUAUGACUACAAACUUUACAGUACUAAUAGUUUGUUAGCAAAAAUGUAGAAGUUAUAGCACUUAUUUAAAUAUGUAAUGUCUAUGAUUUUGUUAAACAAUAAAUUGGCUCCCUCCCCCAUUGUAAUA